CCUCUGGGCGAAUUAUUUCUCAUGAUCUGACAUUCUAGCUGAAGUUACAUGCACUAUCCUAACUUGAAUAGUAUUUGGAGAUCAGUUGUCUCAUGGAGCUAUUCAAUAAGUGACACACUCCCAGCCUUUAGCAUUUCGAUGGUGUUUUCCGUCAACAAGUGACCCCAACCCAACCGGCUAUGCCGACAGCCCACUACUCAGAGGCUUCCAGAACAUCCAAGCUCCAUAUCCCAAAAUAGCACAGGACCUCAAUUGGCAUCUCACCACCAUGAUGUCAAUGUCAAUAGUGCAUCACGGGUUCUCACGUCGGAUUCACUUCUCGGGCACAAGCAGAACAGGACCAGAUCCUGGAUCCGUCUCGUAACUGCACCAGUGCCGGAAAUUCCGGCACUUGAACAAUGGAUCCUUGAGGUCUUUUUGUCAAGGAAGAUCGCUGAGCCCAUGACGUUCAAAUUCUCGUGUUCUCUUGAUGCCCCAUGGGAUCAUCCAUGUUGCUAAAACUCCCAUUUGCGGAGUUUUUUUUAUCGAUCCACAAUCCGAUGUUCUUGGCCUGGUGUUUUUGUUGUUUUCACGAUGCAAUACAACGUCAAUAGCCCAGACCAUACUGUCAAUUAAUUCCUCUUUGGGCUUCCAGUUAUUGACGGUUCUUUGAUGCAUCGACAACGCAGGGAGGAAUACGAGCAAGACUAGUCUGAGACAGACAGGCAGGACCCUUGAGAUCAGUCAUGCUUGUUGAAAAGACGUGACUAGUCGUGAAUAGACGAUGCAGCUAUUCGGCGGUGAGGUCAUGGGAUCACUGGUUCGGCACGUCGGUCGAACGAGGUGAUAUACUAAUCCGUGAGACUAAUUAUUCAACAUUGAGUCUUCAACAGUAAAGUAUUACCAAAGUAAGGCCAGAGCUAUGACCGGCCUUUCCGUAACAAGGUCAUCAUGAUAACCUUAGUGUAGCCUUACUAUGAUAUUACAGAUCUUAGUGAGCCUGAGCCUCUUCAAUGCGCUGGGGCUACGUUACGUCGUGCUGUUCACAGGACGACACUAGCUUCAAGCUGAGCUCAAGAAUACGAGGUAUUCCUCGCCAGAAACAACCCAACGUUACCCCACAACGCCCCAAAAUGGGGGCCAUGACCGGCAGAAAUCAACCCCUACACCCCCCUGUAUGACGGGAAAUAUUCUGGAUCUUAGGUUCUGGGCCUGUCUAUAGUCAACUGUAAUGCGAGCAACCUUUCCGCACGCCGCGUCCUACCUUUAGGCUCUAGCUUCUGUAUCCGCUCCUCGAAAUAGCAUACGGCGUGGCCUAGCCUUGCUCUGGCAUCCGUUGCUAAAGCCAACUUUGGCAGCGAUGGCACCUGGAGACGGUCAAUACGAAUGGAGCUUGGGUAGCUUCUCGGCCGGGUUGUGAUAGUCCAUCUGCUAUUCAAUGCCAGCUAUGACGCUAUAUGGAGACAAUCUAGGUUUGUCCAGCCUCCAGCCUUCCUGGUGGUGUCCUCGAUUUGGCUGUGGAGAGGCUGAUCACCCGAGGGCCGUGAUGGGUAACGUUAGAUGCAUGGUUCGUUCGUUCGAUUUCUUAGAGAUCGUUGUGAGAACUCAGAUAUAAGAAGAGCCUUCAGUCUCGUCCAGAUUUCUAUUCUUUUCUUGUAUCAUCACUCUCAACAACAAUCAACCACUCUCAUCCUCUUCAAGCUUCCAGCCAAACACUCCUCAACACCACCACUACUUUCCUCUUCACUUACACACGAACAACCCAACAACAACCGCCAACAUGAAGCUGUCCGGUGUCCUCUCUGCUCUUGCUCUCACCUCCGCCGUCUCGGCCACCACUGUCUCCUACGACACUGGCUACGAUGACAAGUCCCGCCCCAUGACUGCUGUCUCUUGCUCUGAUGGCAAGAACGGUCUCAUCACCAAGUAUGGCCGGAAGACUCAGGGCAACAUCCCUACCAAGUACGUCGGUGGUGUCAACAUCAUCGAGGGCUGGAACUCCGCCAACUGUGGUGGCUGCUACCGCCUCGAGUACAAGGGCAAGAAGAUCAACGUCCUCGCUAUCGACCACGCUGCCUCUGGCUUCAACAUUGGACUCGAUGCCAUGAACGCCCUCACAAACGGCCAGGCUGUCAAGCUCGGCCGCAUCAACGCCCAGGUCUACCACGCCAACCCUUCUGACUGCGGUCUCAAGAAGUAAACGGCGCAACUCUACGAUUUUAUGAGAUGCAUAUGAGGCUUUUUGGAUAGCGGACAUUCUUAUUCUUUCCCUCCUUAGAACUUUGGAUUUAAUACUUGGCAUUGGCUGGCGUUUAGACUACGAUCUUACACAUAAUCUACCUAGAUACUACACUACACUACACAUGAAUGAACAUAGAGCUUAAUUGCUUUCACUUCAAUUUUCUUCUUUGCAAUGCUACGAGGCGAAGUGAGUGGAUGAUAAUUUGAGACCUUAAACUAGUGGUGCGGUUUGCGCCUUUUGGUCAUAUUUUCUGGAUAUUAAAGCAGCUUGAAGAAACUCCACUGACAAGCUGUUACUGUCAUCGAGAAGUAGCACCCUCCAAGCUGGCCCUCCCACAGUAGCUGUUUUUGUACAUGCGAAAUCGCUCUCAUCCCAUUCCCUUAUCGAGUCAGAAGCCUUUGUGUUUCGUUCCAACCGAGCUUGAUAGUGACUUUUAUUCCCACUCCCGGAGCGAGGGAGGGGUCUCGCCACCCUCAGACGAAGAAGACAACGCAUGUAAGUCGUCCCAGUUGUGCAAUGAAAUUUCAUCGAUAUCAGAGGGAGGGUCAGAUAGAGGAGAUGACGGAGUGUGAAUCAAAGGAGAUGGUGGAGGAUCGGACAAAGGGGAUGAGGCACCCGUCAUUGGGCUCCUGAUGUUGGUUGAGUUUAUGUUUGAAAGCCCUUCAAGACUGAGACUGUUGUCAUCUGUGACGUGGACAUAGUCAGGUGUUGGCACUCGUUUGGAUGUGACUGGCUCGGGAAGCUUAGGGUCUGUAGCAAGUUUGGUGAAACAGAUUCCGCCUUCUUCCUGUUCUUUGAACAAAGUCAGUAUAUGAGUGUUAACAGAUCGGCAAGGCUCAAGGGAUAUAGUAAAGAUGGAGGCUCGGUCUUGGGUGUCGAGAACAAGUGAUGAAAGUGUCGGGUAAGUUGAGUGGCACUUUCUCAGAGUACUUCUAUCUCCCCAGUGCUUGAGAGCCUCGUCUUUUCUUGCACAGGGAAGAGGAGUAGUACAUACCGCUCGGCGAGUUUCCAAUCCAUAGAGCGCACUCGAGAACUUCAACACGAGCCACAAAUUCCUCAUACUUGAGGCCAUGUUCUAGACCGCCAAGAGGUAGUCGAAUUUGUUCUGGGGCCUUCAGGAUCACCGUGACUUCCUUUUCACCUGCGACUGACUCGGUGAAGUCUAUGAAGUCGUCUAUCAACC